AUGCUCAGGACCCUCUGGCUGGCCUUGCUGGCUCUGGUCAGCGUGGCGGGCCCGAGCCAGGCCAGCGGCUUCACAGAAAAAGGCCUUUCCUUGCUGAGCUUCCAGCUGUGCAACUACAGCGUGACCCGAAACGUCCAGAAGGUGGAGGCUGUCCAGGCAUCGCACGUGAUCUACGCUCCCUGCGGCGGGUGGAUCCCAUGGAGGCGGUGCCCUAAGACGGUUUACAGGACCCAGUAUGUGGCUGUGGAGGUCCCCGAGUCCAGGAACGUGACCGACUGCUGUGCGGGUUAUGAACAGCUAGGCCUUUACUGCGUCCUGCCCCUGAAUCGGUCCAGGGAGUUUGCCUCGAGACCUGGGGUCUGCCCGGAGGUGGAGCUGGAAGCACCCGCCUCACCAUGCAUGCUGGACACAGACUGCCUGGGACUUCGGAAGUGCUGCCCCUCAUCCCGGGGCCACCACUGUGUGGCUCCUGCCCUCCGAGCUCCAGAGAACCCUGUGACCUUCUGGUACCAGGUGACUGUCCUGGUGAAAAUGGACUUCAAGAAGCUCGAGGAGGUGGACCCCAGACUCCUGGACCACAUGCGGCUUCUGCACUCCAUGGUCACCAGCGCCUUGCAGCCACUGCGCCCUGCUGUCCACCACCUGCAGUCAGCCCGCGGGGACACCUCCACCACGGUGUCACAGCUGCUGCUGGGCCUGUGGCGGCCGGUGCCCGUGGCCCACGUCUCCGCGAUGCUGGACGAGGUCGUGAAGCGCGUCUAUGAAAUGAUCGACAUCCAGGCGCAAGAUGUCGAUGAGUGCUUCAUCGAAGAACUCAGUGCCUGCUCCGGGAGGGAGCAGUGUUCGAACAUGGAGGGCUCAUCCCAGUGCACCUGUCACCCCGAGCCGCCGGCCUCGGCUCCCCGGAAGCUGAACCGCACCUGGGAUGACUGCCCUCCCAUCCGGGACUACGUGACCCUCAACGUCACCAGCAGCAGCUUUUGGGUGUCUUGGAGUUUAAAUUCUACCCGGCACCGCACAUUCCUCGUGCGGGUUUACAAGGGCGGGGAGCUCCUCCGGAGCUCCAGGACCGCGGGAAGGACGCUGCAGGUGGCUGGGCUGGAGGCCGGAGAGCUGUAUGCAGUGAAGACCAGCUACCAGGCGUGCGGGGCCAAUGUCACUGCCACGCUGACUGUCAGAACAGACGCCCGCGAAUUCAAAGUCACCGUCAGGGUCCUGAACCGCAACGCGACAGAAGACCUGCUCAACCACAGCGGCCCUGAGUACCGGGACUUUUCCCGACAGCUGCUUGGCGAGGUUGAAAACUCCUUCCCGCCUGCGGUGUCCGACCUGUACAGGAGAGGGAAGCUGAGGAUUCGGAUCGUCUCUCUCCAGGCCGGAAGCGUGCUGGUGACGCUCAGGCUGACGGUUCAGGACCCUGAAUUCCCAGUGGGAAUCUCCACUCUGGCCCCCAUGCUCCCGCCUCUGCUGGCCAGCACGCUGUUCCAGAUCGACCCGCGGGUGACACGUGUGCAAGAUUGGGAUGAGUGUGCGGACAGCCUGGGGCAUGACUGCUCCCCCGCUGCCCAGUGCAUCAACCUCGAGGGCUCCUAUACCUGUCGGUGCCGGACGGCCAGGGACGCCAACCCCUUCCGCGCGGGCCGGGCCUGCGAGGGUGACGUGGUGAACCCCACCGGACGUGUCCUGGCUCCGGCAACAGGUGUAACAGCCCCAGCGCUCGGCGCAGAAACAACAGCCCUUGGCCGGGAGACUCCGGCCUUGUGGCCCAGCCCUGGGCACCCCUGGGGCACCCCUGCAGUAGGCCAGGCCCAGACCCCAGGGCCCCCACCCAGGAGAGGAAGCAGUGGCGUGGUCAAGCAGGACAGAAACAGCACAGGGCAAGGCAUGGGGGAGGAGAUGCCCAGCAUGGCUCCAGGCUCAGUGACCGGCCAGUGGAUGGCCAGCAGAGCUCCCAGGACAACCCCUAGCUCCCCUCCUGGGACCAUGAAGGGCUUGCUGGACACCACUGGAUGGUUAUCAAGAAACUCCACCACGGAACCAUCCUUCUGGCCCACUCCUACCAAGGGCCCCACAGACCACAUCGAGUGGCCCACCAGUCUCCCCACUUGGAAUACACCACCAGCACUUCUGGACCCCACGGAACCACAGCACUUGGACUCUGGGCCAUCUGAGUCUCUGAAGCUUCCGGGCUGUGUUCCUGUCCCCAUCGGAAGGGUCACCGUCUCCAAUGUGACCAGCACCAGCUUCCACGUGGCGUGGGCGGCGGAUCUCGCCCUGCACCCCACCUUCCAGCUCACCGUGCUCCCCAUGCGGAGCCCCGCAGUGCACCUGGAGACCCAGGACGCAAGCCUGGUGCUGUCGGGCCUGGAGCCUGGUGUCCUGCACCUGGUCGAGAUAGCGGCCGAAGCCUGUGGGAAAGGAGGUGCCAGGGCCCGCCUGAAAGUGAGGACAGCGGCCCAGAAACUCAGAGGCCGAGUCAGAAUAGCAGAUGUCAGCUACGUGGAGUCCUUCCGCAACCCAAGCAGCAGGGAGUAUUGGGACUUCCAGGAGCGGUUCUUUAGGAUGGUGCGGGCUUCCUUGCCAGCCGCCGUGCUCCGGCUCAUGGACACGGGCGGGGUCCAGAUGGAGGUGACCCGCAUCGCCAACGGCAGUGUUGUGGUGGAGUUUAACCUGCUGAUCACCGCAGACGUGGAUGUCCGCGAGGUGUCCGCCGCGUUCCUCGUGGCCUUUCAGAACGUGUCUCUGCUGGAGGUGGUCGGAGGGGACACCUUCAUACAGGAUUACGACGAGUGUGAGAACCAGGAGCAUGACUGUGAACCGGGUGCGUCCUGCCGCAACACUCUGGGCUCUUUCACCUGCAGCUGCACAGGCGGCGCCCCCCGCUUCCCUGUGGAAUAUUCUGGAAGACCCUGUGAAGGUGACUUCCCUGGCAACACAACCCAGGCUCCCGGCCCCUUUCUGGGCCCUGGCCCGGAGCAGCUCCCCACCCCAGCAGGACCCAGGGCUGCCUCUGUGCCGGGUGCCAGCCAGGGCCCCCACGACCCGCCCCAGCGGCUGAAACUGACCGAGGCGGUCAGGGUGCUCUGCGAGAUUGAGAAGGUGGCCAUCGCCAUCCAGAGGCACUUCCUGCAGCAGGAAUCCAUCCCCGAGUCUUCCCUGUACCUGGGACACCCAUCCUGCAACGUGAGCGACCACAACAGCACGCAUGUGCUCCUGGUGGCCGGGUGGACCGAGUGCGGAACCGUUGUGCAAAGUAACCUGACGAACACGGUGGUGAGGACCAUGCUGAGGAACGACCUGUCCCCUGAGGGCAUCAUCCACCACCUGAAGAUCCUGAGCCCCAUCCACUGUGCCUUCCAGAACGACCUCCUGACGUCAUCGGGCUACACCCCAGAGUGGGGGGUUUAUACCAUUAUCGAAGACCUCCACGGCUCUGGAAAUUUUGUCACCGAGAUGCAAUUAUUUAUUGGGGAUUCUCCUAUACCUCGAAAUUACAGCGUGUCUGCCAGCGAUGACGUCAAGAUCGAAGUGGGGCUCUAUAAUCAGAAGAGCAACCUCAAGGUGGUCCUGACCGAGGGCUGGGCAACGCCAUCCAGCAAUGCCAGGGACCCGGUCAUGUUCAGCUUCAUCAACAACAGCUGCCCCAUCCCCAACACGCACACGAACGUGAUCGAGAACGGGGAUUCCAGCAAGGCCCGGUUUAAGCUGAAAAUCUUCUCUUUCAUCAACAACUCCAUCGUCUAUCUGCACUGCAGACUUCGCAUUUGCAUGGACUCCCCUGGGACCACGUGCAAAAUAAACUGCAAUGCCAUCCAGUCCCCAAGAAGCAGUGAAGCAUCUGCGACACACCAGAUGUCCUGGGGACCCCUCAUUCGGUCUGAAGGUGAGCGUCCAGGUGCGCGGCCAGGCCUGGGAGCCGGCUACCUCGUCCUCAUGAUGGUGGCUGUCUUUGCCUUGGUGGCGGGAGCAGGUGCCCUUGUCAUCGUGCACUACCAGAGAAUGACCGGCAAGUACAACUUCAGAGCCCAGUCGGACGACUUCAGCUACCAGGUGUUCUCUGAGUAG